AGAAUAACGCAGAACGUGCAGACAUUUGUUGUUCAUAGCGCUGUUCAAUUCCUUUAGAAGCGGAGAUAUCGGGUUCAAUUAUUGCUAAAGUGCAUCUCAAAAUAUAAUCGGGUAACUUUUAGCGUUAAGUAAGAUUAAGAUGUCUGAUAGCGGCGACGAGGAAUGGUCAACCGAAUGGAUUCCAUACAGUGAGAGAAAUGAAUGGGCCGAUGUGACUCCUAUACAGCAAGAUGACGAUGACAAAAAUCCAGUUGUGGCUAUAAGCUAUAGCGCAAAAUUUCGUGAAGUGUAUGAUUAUUUUCGUGCAAUACUAGCUCACAAAGAAAAGUCACCUAGAGCUUUAGAAUUGACAACGGACGCAUUACGCUUGAAUCCUGCUAAUUACACGGUAUGGCAGUACCGUCGGGAUAUUUUGAGAGAACUAGGUAGUGACCUGCAUCAAGAGCUUGAUUACAUUGAGGAAGUUAUUUUGGAUAAUGCUAAAAAUUAUCAAGUUUGGCAUCAUCGCCGCGUUAUUGUGGAAAUGUUAAAUGAUGCCUCAAAGGAAUUACAACUAACAGAAAAUGCAUUGUCUGUAGACGCCAAAAACUAUCAUGCUUGGCAACAUCGUCAAUGGGCUAUUACAACGUUUAACCUCUUUGAUAAUGAGUUGGCUUUUGUAGAUCGUUUAAUCGCUGAAGACAUACGUAAUAAUUCUGCCUGGAAUCAACGUUUUUUUGUUGUAAAACAUUUCGGUUUUACCACAGAAGUUAUACAACGUGAGCUCCAGUACGCUGUGAAUCGUAUACGUGUUGUGAAAAACAAUGAAAGUGCGUGGAAUUAUCUCAAGGGGGUUUUGCGUCAGAGUGGAACAACCGCUUUAGAUCAAUAUCCCGAAGUAUUGGAAUUCAGUGAAGAACUUUAUAACAGCGGGUCUAGGUCUCCAUAUCUAUUGGCAUUUUUAAUUGAUUUAUAUAGCGAGCAGUGCUUGACGGCAGGGGAUUCUAACGCAAGGCAAACUUUAGCCAGAAAAGUUUAUACAUUAUGUGAUGAUAUGGCCAAGAAACAUGACAUUAUCAGGCGUAAAUAUUGGCAAUAUAUAGCUGAACAAUUAAAAUCGAAACUGGACUCAAAUCAAUUGUGAAGGUAAAAAACUCUACUUAAAUAUUAAUUACAAGAAAAAUAUUAAAUC